AAACAAUCAAUAAGAAUUUCCGUUUACGCAUGCGCGUUAAAAAAAUCAUGGCGAUUUCUCCACGAAACGUUUGCUGACAAAAAAUAGCCGAUUAUGGGGUCUUUUGAAAAGGAUAUUGUAUUCGGGGAGUUUGAAGAUUUAUUAUGUCAGGAUCCUGAUGAGCAUGCAAAAGUCUUCAACAUCCUUCAUGGACAGACACGUCAGGCACCAAUAAAAGUAGAGUUCCCAUGGGAUAAAGAUGAGGAUAGUGAGGCUUGUGGAGGGAGCCAUGAAAUCCCUGUAAAAUCCUGGGCUGAGGAGGAAAUCUCCUUCAUGGAUGACAGACACAUGCCAGUGUACCAGCCCACUGACAUGCAUUCUGGUAUCACAUUUGGGGAAGUGUCAGCCCCAUUUACAGACCUGGGUCCAUACCAAGGCCAACGUGUACUGCAUCAGUACAAUCAUAACCCAUAUGAGGGGCAAGGGAUAGCACCAGCUAUGAUGAACACUGGUUUAAUUGAUGAAAGUGAAGAUUUUGCCAACCAACAGUCAAAACUUAAAUCUAGUUUGAAACCAUAUGAAAGAAGAAACAAAAAGAAACGUCCCCCAGAUUAUUACAAACAAACAGAAUCCUUUAAAGAACAUGGCUAUCCCCAGCACACAAUGUCUGCAGUGCCAGUUCCCAUCAUUCCCACAGACUUUUCUGUCCCACCCCCAGGACACCCCGCCUUGUUUAGAGCUGGCCCAGACCCCAGAAUCACUGCUACAAACAUUGGUGGUCCUAAUGUUACAUUGGGGCCAAAUGGAUCUAAUCCAAAUGCCUUUAGUGUUCAGCCAGUUAUUCCUCCAGGUAACCUGUUACAUAACACACAAGGUGGGAAUAUUGGAAUGCCUGUGGGCAUGGCUAGUUUCCCUGACCCCAGAACAAUGGGACACGAUCCCAACCAUGGUGCAAGACUUCCAUCCCAAACACCCAGCCCUAAUGUUAAUUAUCAAAGUGACGAACUCAUGGAAGUCGUUGUGGAUAAUAGUGAUAAAAAUGUUUAUAACGACAGUUCAGUCCACAUUCCAGAUAGAACUGUCUCCUAUCAGAAUCAAGACCAUGAUCGGACUAGAUUUGAAAAGAAUGUAGUUGGUGCAAAUUAUGCGAGUGAAAGUAGUAACAGUGUUAAUGUGUUAUCUCAUUCUGAUAUGUUCAAAAAUCAAGAAAUGUCUGCCGUGACUAAUUCUAAUAAAGACGUUGGAGCAAGGGUCACUAGAGUGGAUGUAUCAAUUAAAGAUGCUCCUUUUGUGGAGAGUUCUAGUCCAGUUCAAACUGUGCAAGAAACUAAUAGCAUUAAAGGUAGACAGCCAAUUAUUCAAAAUGAACACGUUGAUAAUACAACUAUAAACCAAGAGGUCUGUGAAAAAUGUGUCGGUGAUGAAGAAACCACAGAGGCAGCUAGGGAUGAAACAAACAGUGCAAAUGAUGAAAUCGGUGCAAAACAAUCUGAAAAUUUAAAAAAUGUGAAAGAAAUUCUAGAACCUGGACUAGCUUCAGAACCAGCUCCUAAACCAGAGGCACCUAAGCUAUCCUCGUGGGCAAGUUUGUUUAAAGGCAAGACAGGUAACACAGCUGGUGAUGGGCAGGGGUUGAAGAGUUACAGGGAGGAAAACACAGCCGAGAAUCAUGGGAAAGAGGAGAGACCCGGGCUAGAGUCACCUCCCUGUACCGUUUCUGCUGCUGAAGACAGCGCAGCUAAGGACCUGGGAGAGCUGAUAUCACGCAUGUCCAUCAGUCACGGGACAGUGGCCCUCCAACCUCGAGGCCUGGUGAACAAGGGAAACUGGUGCUACAUCAACGGGACCCUGCAGGCCCUGAUAGCGUGCCCACCGUUUUACAACCUGUUGCGGGGCCUUCCUCGCUACCCUGCUUUGUCACGAGGCCCUUCCUCCACUCCCAUUCUCGACUCACUUGUGGAGUUUGUUCAUGAGUUUCACCCCAUGUCCAGAAACAAUGCUGACAAAGGUCAACCCAAGGGAACACGUGAUAUCACCCCGGGGCCAUCGUUUGAACCAACCUAUGUGUACAGGAUGCUGCAAGUCAUUGCUGUUAAUCCACAUUUCAAGUUGGGAAAGCAAGAAGAUGCUGAGGAAUUUCUCAGCUGUAUUCUCGAUGGAAUGCACGAAGAAAUGUCAGCUGCUGUCAACCUCAACUGCCAGUCUGAACAUACAGACGAUGAGCAAGGGGAGGAGGGUCAGACGAAUGGUUUUGUUGCGGCAGACGAGCCUGCAGACGAGGAUGCCUGGGAGCAGGUCGGACCAAAGAAAAAGUCCGUUUUCACACGCACGGCUAAUUUUUCCAAGAGUCCGAUAGCCGACAUAUUUGCGGGGAUUUUGCGUUCAGCUGUGUACAAGACCUCUGCCAAGGAGACGGCCACACUCCAGCCAUUCUUCACACUGCAGCUGGACAUACAGUCUGAGCGAGUGUGGUCGGUUCAAGAUGCACUGGAGGAGUUGGUUAGCAAGGAACAGAUCAGUGGCUACACCUGUCCUAGCACAAACGCUGAGGUUGAUGUCAGUAAGAAGCUGUCCCUAGAAGAGCUGCCCCCUGUGCUGAUCCUUCAUCUCAAGUGUUUCGUUUACAACAAAGAUGGCGGCUCACAGAAGCUCAUGAAGAAGGUCGACUACAAGGUUGAACUGGAAAUCACUAAAGACCUGUUGUCACCGAAUGCCCGCAACAAACUCUCCAUUCAGCAAAGAUCGUACAAGCUGUUUGCAGUUGUUUACCACCAUGGGAAGAAGUCUACAGGCGGUGGCCACUACACAACCAACGUGUUUCACCCUGGCAUCACUGGCUGGGUGAACUUCGACGACAGUAAUGUAAAAACUGUCACAGUUAAUCAGGUGCUGCGGUACGCCCCACCCAGGGUACCGUACCUCCUUUACUACAGGAGGCUUGAUAGCCAGAGAGACUAGUUAGGGAACCAUAGCUGUGCUAAUAAAGCUCCCAGGCUUACAAAACAGACCGAUUCACAUUGGCUUCAAAUAUGUUGUAGUUGAUUUUGGUGUGUUAUAUAUGGUAUAUGAAACGCUGUCAUAGAGAGGCUGUACAGCUGGAGAGACUUGACUCAGUUUUUCACAUAAAUAUUGAGAACUGUAUGUGUUUAAAUUGCAGCACCAUUGCCAGCCAAUCAAAGUUUUGUAUCAGUUUCAAUAAGAUCACCAUGGCAGUCAUGCUAGGCAAUAAGACUUUUGCAUCUGUUUCAAUAAGACCACUUAAUAGUUUGGUAUCAAGAUUAGCUUCUAGUAUGGGCAUAGCAGAUUUUUAGAAAAUUAUUCAGCUUGUUUUAAAUCAUGUCCCCGAUCAUACAAUUUUACAUACUGUGUGUGUGUGUAUAUAUAUAUAUAUACAUCAUAUAUAUAAAUAUAUAUAUAUAUAUAUGUAUGAUACAUACAAAACUUUAAUGACUAAUGACUAUAUAAAUAUAAUAUAAUAAUUAUUGAUUAGUGUCCCUUCAUCUUCUGUGCAGUGUUUAGUCUUGGCCAAAACUGUUCCAAGUCUUACAUGAAACUUAGCACCUGUGACCAGGGACAAUUUGCACAGGUGUAAGCAGCUUAAAACAUCAGAGGGGAUCAUUUACAUUUAAUAUAUAUUUGAUAAAAUUUCUUUACGGAAGUUUUGUUAAGCAUUCAACCUCAUACAUGUUCAUUCUCUCAUAAAGGCUAUGUUAAUUAGACAUUAUUUGUGUUAUAUGAUACAACCACUCAUUCUGUGAAUGUUUGCCUUGUAUCACCAGUGUAUUGUAUCCAUAAACCAUUGGAAUACAUAAACUGUGCAAAAACUUGAAAGUUUUUAUGAUCGACAAUAUAUUAUUUACGAUUUAAAGAUAUGUUCUGUUUCAUGUUUGAAAUAUUUGUACAAUAGUUGAAUGGUAUGCUGUUUAUGAAUCCAUACAUUUGUCAGGAAGUUAUAGGAGUUCUUGUUAUUUAUUGUCUUUGAUACUUACAAACCAAUGCUUGGAUUUGAUGCUCUUAUCUAUAAUGCUUCUACACGUUUGGUGCUGCAAGAAACUGAUCAAAAAUUUGUACCAAACCAGUGUAUGUGUGUCUAAAGAUUGAUUGAUGACUUUUAACUUGUCUUUUUUCAAAGAAGAAAAGUCGAGAUAUCUGGGUCGUUAUGUCGUUGUCAGGUGGGAGGUUAACCGGGGUCAUAAAUGAAAAAAACCCCGCUGAGAUCCAAGAUAAUCAAAUUAAACUAUGUAAACAUGGUGCCAGUAACAAUGUGCACAUGUACAACAAGGCCCAUAACUCUGGCUUAAAUGUUUGAGUUAUGCCCCUUGUUCAACAGCAAAACAAAACUAUUCAGCGAUUGCUUUGCUGCGUUCCUGGUUAUAUGAAUAUUACUGUAGAUUGUUAUACUUUCUUGGGGUCCUUUUUUGGUGGUUUUGGCAAUUUUGGAAGGUAUAAUAUUAGUGAGGCCAUUAGAUAUUGAUAAACAUGGAAAAGGUACAUAAAUCUAUUACUGAAUAGGUUUUGAUGAUUUUGCGAAUUCUGAAUAUUAAAUGCAUUACAUGUAUAAACAUUAUAUACUUAUAUCUUGUUAUUUUGACUGCUAAUCUAUCACAAAAUCUUAAGAUGUUUUUAGCUGGUCUGGUUUUGGAAGACAAGGGCAAGGUUUCAUAAGAGCAUUGGUAUUCAUGUCUGCGUCAAUGUGCAAAAUCCUCAACUCUGGCCUUAACUAAUAAGUAAGAGUUCAAGAUAUAUGUUAUAUAGAUCUUGGUACAAAUAUUCUAAACACAUGUUGACAGAAAAAACACAAUUUGUUGAGUAAUGCCCCAUUUAGAAAACCAACAAGUUUGGCCACGAUGAUGCUACCCUUGUCUUGCAUUGUUAUCUUAGUGCAUUUUUGUGUAUUGUUAAGCAUUGUUUCUCGUUUAUUCGUUCAUGUAGAUCCCUUUUUUUGAAAACUAUUCAAUCCAAAACCUGACCUAAAUUGCGUGCUGUAUUGUGUACAUGUUUUUUCCUUUAUUUUAUUUGAACUAUCAUACUGACUUGUCCUAAAUACAAUGCCAAUGUAAUAAUGUAAGUUUGUGUCUUUGUGUUAGUUUUUCAUUAUAGUGAGUUUUCUCUUAAAGAGAGUCUUUUAUAUCUGCAUUUACACAUAGAUACUUGCAUUUGCACAUAUAGUGUUUACAUUAAACAUUUUGAAUGCAAUUGUAAACAUUGGGAAUUAGAAGGAAAACCAAUGCCAUAGUUUCUCCUUAUAUUUUUUUUUAAUUUUCUUUCAAACAUGCUAUGUGGCGAAAAUGGAGGGUAUGAUAAUGCUUGUUACCUUAUCUUAGUCAGAUAUAAGCCUUGUGGUUAUCAAGAGUGCAUUGUAAGAGAUGGCUUUAUUGAAUUAAAUAUAUUCUAUAAUAUGUAAACUAGAGAAGAUAAAAAAAAUAUAUUUUAACUAAUGAUAAUGAUGAUGACUGUGUGAACUGUUGCAUGAAAUUUAAACAAUACCAUGUUAAAUAUAUAAAAGAGUUGUUAAGAGUCAGUUUCUCUAUAAAGAUAAAUGACUGUACCCUUUUGUAAAUAUCUCAUUGACAAUAAAGUUUCCAUGCUA